GAAUGUGCUGUGGAAAGCCGAAGGUCCCAGUUCCUUGGAGCGACAUAAUGAAGGGACAGUCCAGAUUCAUCUCCAAUCAUGGAGCCUUCCAAAAUGCACCAGGACUGAAGCCAUCUCUUUGUUGGAAUGUUGGUUGGACCGACAGGACAACCAAGUCGGCCCAACAUUCCAGUUCAAGGCUUGGAUUGAUGACAAGGGCAAGAUGCACCCACUGGUCGGCAAAGAGUCUGAUGACUCUGAUGGUGAUGCCGACAAUGAGGCUGUGCAGCCCAUGCCGACCAAAAAGUCACGGACCACGGUUGCACUGUCACUGCCCGGACAUCCCAAAGAUCCGGCGACCGAGGGAUCAGAAGAUGAAGAUUGCGGCGGCAGUGCGACAAACACUGGAUAUCAUUCUCCUGGAGUUCAUCAUGCUGGACAGCAUGCCCAUGGUUUUGGCCCACAUUCUACUCGUCGGGGUCUGGAACACAUUCAGGCACCCCCAGCAGCAAAGGUCCGGGCGUCAAACAAGACUAGGGCUACCGGGGAUGCAUCACUGUCAGUCAAAGCCCGGUUGCCGAGGAAGACAGGGGCUACCGCAGAUGCUUCACCGGCAGCACAAGACCAGUCACUGAAGAAGACUAGGGUUACCCGAUCAGCAGCAUACCCACUCUCUGAUGCACCAGCAAAGCGCACCAGAAGUAAGGUUGAUGACUCGCUAGGCACCAGACCUCAGCAAAAGCCCAAGAGAUAUGCCGACUAUGUAUAG